UAAAAUUAGUUACUAUUUCUUCACACGUUGAAUAUUUACUUUGUGGUAUAUACCGAUAAAGGAUAUAUGAAAUGCAUUUUGCAAAUAUUUUAUAAAAUAAAUAUAGCGUAUUAAAAUUGAAAUGGAUUUAUUAAAGCCACUAGAGAAAAGCUUUGUUUGUUUUGAUAAGCAUAACAUAUUCAAUGAUCCAAACACAGGGCAGUUAAAACACCAAAAGAUUAACAACGUACAAUGGAGUGCUACAAACGAACAACUACGGAUGUCCGGCAAUUCCGAACAUUAUGCAACUAUUCAAGACAGAAGCGGUGAAAACACGCUUUUUACACCAAACCCUGAAUACGAUAAUGCUACGCCUGGUAAACGUGAAAGUGCCUCGGAUUUAUAUGUGUCUUUUAAUACCGGUGAUCGACUCCCUACUAGCCCAAAUAAAGAAAGAACCGCUGGUUAUUCGUAUGCUACAAAUGGCGAGAUACACUUUUUGCGCGAUUCAAACAACGAAAACCAUCAACGCGAGCAAAUCCAACAACUUGAACAUAAUGAGAAAAAUUCUAAACACGAUGCUUAUAUAUCUAAAUAUCAAAGUAAGGGUACUGAUGAAUCAACUGACACUUAUCUUGAACCGAACCCUCGACGGAUUGGAGAGAGUGGUGAUGAUACUAAUCAUAGCGAUAUAAGGAUAAGUUGGCUUAGUGAAACACAUGAGUAUCACGAACCUGACAAUGGACUUGGGGCAACAUUGACGAGUACAUAUGAUGUGGGCAGGGUGCCUUCAAAUAAAAUAGUGACAGCACCAAAUAAAAAGGAGAAGAAAAUAUGUAGUAAAUGCAAAAUAAUUACUGGUGUAAUUCUGGUUAUAUUAGUUGCCGCUGCCACUGCCUCUAUUGUCGCAGUUCUUAUGAUUGGUGAUUUAAAAGAGGAUGACAACAUGUGUGACUACAAGCAUGGAUGUCAGACAAAGUGUCAAAAAUACCCAAAUUUGUCCAACGGCCAUACCAAUAUUACUGAGGAGGUAUUACCACAAGUGGCUGUUAAGAUAACAUGUAAUAAAGGUUUUGAAGUAAAAGAAAUAGAUACGGCAAUUUGUCUAGAAACGGGCUCUUGGAGUGAAGUAAUUACAUGUGAGCCAGUUGACUGCGGGAUAUAUAAGCCACCUAACCAUGUUCAUACUCAACACUCUGUACAUGAAACAACAUUGGGGUCAUCAAUUAAUCUUCAAUGUGAGCCUGGUUUCCAUUUUACAACAUCUAGUGGUAGUUCCGUAAUGUGUAACGAAAAUGGCGUGUGGGUCGGAAAUCCAAAAUGUGAAAAUUUAGUUGAUUUAUCUGUAGACACCGAUAAUGUCCUCAUCGGUGGAAUGGCAACCUUGUCUUGUGAAUUCAGAAAAAUACCAAACUGGAGGAAUAUAAAGUUCAAACGCAUUAACAGAAAAAGUGAAUCCGUAACAAUUGCCUCUGUUGUCAAUAAUGUAGACUCGUACAAAGUGACUACAGACAGUGAUAGAAUUAUUAUCAUUGACAAAACAUUUACGCAUGAAUCGGGUACAUUUAAAGUGAUGAUUGAGACAGUCAAAUGCUCCGAUGCUUUCGAAGAACCCGGUGAAAUAAACAUAACCUGUGAUAUUGAAACAAGUGAUACUGUGAACACAUUUCGUGAUGAAAAAAUUGUUCGAAUACAAGGCAAACCGGUUAAGCCGGAGCUUUUCGUGCCAGCCCAAGUUGUCGAAGAUGAUAUCAAGUCCACACUUUUUCAUUGUGAAAUGUUGUUUCCGGAACCGAACGGUCACGUCAGAAUUGACACUGGCAAUGAUGGUUCCUUUACCACUUUGUUGUCUUCUCCAAACAUUGGUGAGGGGCCUUAUGUUUGGUCCUCUUCAAACGGUGUAAGCAAUACAAAUGCGGCGUGGAUUGAUACCAUAAGGUUUGACUUGGAUAAUUGCUGGUAUAGGAUGAAAGUUACAUUUGGCCUAAAAAAUGUUUCAAUGGAAUGGCACAGGAAACAUAUUAGAUGCACUGCAAAACCGUCAGAAGAAGCAUAUGACCAAACAGUGUUCACAUCUGAGAGUGGCGUCGUAAAAGUUAUACAAGAUACUUUAUGCAAUGGUAAAAGUCAGGUACGGUACCCGUAUGACUGCGAACAUUUCAUCGUUUGUGAUGACAAGAAUCACUUUAAUUCAGUUUUGGAAGUGAGAGCAUGUGACAACAAUGCAUGCUAUGACGAUCAAUCUCAAACAUGCAUUCCUUGUUCGCCAUCAAGAGGUUGUCCAAUAACAGACAUUUUCUUCAGUGACAGACAUUCAGCUACUAUUGGGGGACAAAUUGACAUUGUCUGUAUCGUGGAAGACUUAAAAGGGCUUACUGACAUUAAGAUCACAAGGGCUAAUGGAGAGUUUGUAUCGUCGAUCAAAUCAGGAGAUAAUAUUAGAAUACCGAAUUUCAACAUAAAAUCGGAUCAAACUUAUGUUAAUGAAACGCAUGGAAAGUUCACAAUACAUGUAGACUUUCUUCUGUGUACUGAUAAAGGAACAUAUCGAUGUAGUCCGGAAGGAACUGGAGAUGUACAGUCAGAAGACGUUAUAGACCUUGACCUGAAUUGUUGAAAAUAUAUGUAUUAAAACGUUUGCAUAACAGCAUACCACAUUACCUUAGUUAAAUAAUAUUUAUUGCAUAUAUCAAUAUACAACAACAAAUAUCACAAUAUAGAAAAGGAUUUGGCCAAAAGUUUUUACAACAGUAUUAUGGGCCAUUCCACUACAUGUAUAUCGAAGCACUUAGCUGAACAAAAGUGCUAGUUCAGUAAUCAUAAGGUUGCAGGUUUUACCCCAGCUCCAAAAAUAGUAAAGAAAUGAACCGAAAAGAAGAAAUAUCAUCAACAUGUAUCUUGCGGCACGAGAUUAAUCUUGUUAAUCAGCUGGUUCAUUGAGUUUUAACCUGUUUAGUUCCCUCUUAGUUUCUAAAUAAAAAAUACAGAUCUUUGGCGAUUUGUUUUAAAACACCAGAAACACAGUGAAUAUUUUGUUUUAACUUUUUCGGUUCCGAAAUUAUACCAUAUUUAUGACUUGAUACAUUGAUGCAGUUACUCAAAUAUUUCACAAAACCAGAUGACAUGCCGGUAUUUGGAGGGAAUGCACCCGAUCAUACCUUUUUUGCCUAAUCCUUCAACAUAUUGUAUAGAUAGUAUAUGAAUAUUUUACUGAAUGUAUUAUAAAUGCAAUAACUUAUUUGUGUCUACGAAAUGUGAUAUAUCUGUAUCAUAUUUCCUAUUUACUUUAUAUUCAUGUGAACAUACAUUCAUUUUGCAGAUCUAACCGCAUUUUGAAUCAAAACGUGUCAUGCCUACAGUGUUAAUAUAGAAUGGCAUUUCUACAAAUGGCAUAACACAGAUCGUUUCAUAUUUAAAGUAAUACAAAUUUAGUCUAAACAUACUCGUGGUAUAUUGCCAUAAGUUAAGUUCAAUGUAAACUGUACACUAUUAUAUAAUUUACAAUAUUCUAACUGCUUAUCAAAUCGACCUGUUGUAAACAUAUUGACUUAGCUAUUAUAGUCGAGUAUGAUUAUAACAGGGUGAGAAAAAUGUGCAGCCUGGCCGGGACUCAAAAACAGGACCCUCGGAAUAUCCGGUCGCUUACACAUCUCCCCUAAAUAAUGAACAGUUCUGAACCGUGACAUGAUGAAGAAUGCAUAUAUAUUACUAGGUCGACUUUCUCAUUUGCAGCCGUAAAUAGAGUAGCACGUGGAGGUCGCUUCGAAGGUAUUUUAUUUACAAAGUAAAUCAUUUUAAUCACACACUGAUUCCUUACGGUGCGUUUUUUUUUCAUAAUGCCUUUUUAGACUUACCUUAUCAUUGCCAUCAUCAUCAUCAUCAGCAGCUGAUGUAGGAGCUUUGUCAUUGUCAUUAUAAUCACCACCAUCAUCAUCGUUGUCUUUGUCAACAUUGUCAUUAACAUUUUAUUAAUUUACCUGUAAUAAUUGUUGUUCUGAUAAUCAAUGUAUUACUAAUUGUUGCUUUUGUUACUGCGAUUUUGUUGUUUAUAUAAUGUUUAAUGUAUUUUAUUUUAAAUUGCUGUGCAGAGCGUAUAUUAAAUCAAAAUUGUUGAUGAAUCUCUAAAAAUAGAUUUACCUUAACUUUCAAAUAUACAUCUUUUAAACAAAUAAAGAAAAAAAUGUUUAAGUUCUUAUGAUACUCAUCCAUUACUUAUCGUUUCCAUCCCCGUUUAAGUUUGAACCAUUAACCGGGUAGCAAUAAUUACAUUAUCUAUGUUUUCACUACACCAGUAUGUUUGGUUGCAAAGACAACUUGCUAUUACAUGUUUUAUAAAAUGCGUCGCAGUUUAUCUCAGAUUUUUGUCAGAAUUAAAGGUUCAGUGAUAAUGAUAGAUCGUGUUUGUCGGGAUUCUUUUUUCAAAAUUUAGAUAUGAUAGACCAGUGGCAAUAGAUUAAAGAAAUGACAAGGAAGUGACAUUCGAUAUUUUUGUAUUGACACUACAAUAGAAUCCACUCCGCGUGAGGUAGUGACUUUGACACUGCUAUUUUUUUUCUAAAAUGUAAUAAAUUUUAUUUGUUAUCCCAAGUGCAAUGAUACCAAUAAGAAGAUUAAAAAGCCUAUUUUUACUUUGUUAUGUAGGCGAAAUAUGUGCAUGAAUUUUAAUUACGAAGACGAUCCUACGUUGUUUAUGUUUAAAGAACUUAACUGUAAACAACUUCUUUUCAAAAGACUCAGGCAGUUUAAUAAUAAAUAGCAAAUAGAAACUACAUAAUAAAAUAGAGAAAAACAGAGCCGAACACUGCAAAAAUUGUUGCAGGCUCAGUUUGAUUGAGCCUGUUCAUGGACGUUACUGGAAAGUGCAACUUAGCGCUCACGCCUAUAUGUCUAGCUAUUUGAAGUAAUCAGAAACCAGAAGCUUGAUUGGUCCUUGACUGAUAAUCAGAAGGACAGAAAAGGAAAUUAUAUUAAUAUGGAACACCUUAAUAAUAAUAUACGAUGCGUUCUAUCUUCGUAAAAAGAAAUGAUAAACACUCUCAGGGCCAAAUUCAAGUUUGAAACACAUAUGAUUAUGCGAAUGUUUAGUAAAAAUGAAUUUAACAAAAAUGUGUGCAUAAAAUUAAACUAGCUUUAAAUACUG